AUGGACCUGGUGGUCAACACAGUGCGGGGCACCUGCAGGCUGCCGCGGGUGGACCCCUCGACGACCGUGCAGCAGCUGAAGGCCUUUCUGCACGAAAGCCUGGGCACCAAGUUCGAGGUGCCUGACCCGGAACAUCAAAACCUGGUGUACAAAGGCCGCAAACUACGCGACCACGGCGGUUCCUUGAGCAGCGCGGGCAUCAGCAACGGGGAGUCGCUGGCUGUCGUACGCAUCCAUGACGUCCGGGAACCGGAGCCGCCCGAAGACACGCCGACUCCUGACAUGGCCGCCAUCAACACAGCCAUAAGUGAGUACGCCAAGGCCAACGGCCUGGAGGAGAAGCUGAAUGCACCAGAGGAGCCCCAGCCCCAGAGACGGCGAGCUGUCAGUGCAUCAGCGGACACUCUUGGACAGCUGCAGUCCCUGAUAGAUGCUCUUGAGGGGAGGCUUGAUGCCCUUGUACAGAGGGAAACGGCUGCGGUCGUGCAGGGCAGACAGGAGGAUAUGGCAGAAGUGCAGGUCCCCGAGCCCAAUAGUGAACACAUGAGAACUUUGCAAGACAUGGGCUUUUCUGAGGUGCUGGCCCGCAACGCCCUGCUUCUGUGCAGGAACAACCUGGAGCCAGCCCUGAACUGGAUCCUUCAACACAGCAGUGACCCGGCAGCAGACGUGCCCAUUCCCCAGGAGCAGCUGCGCAGGAUCUAUGGUACCCCUCCCAGGUCGAUUCAGACCAGGCAGGCGGACGCUUCGCUCAUUGCACAGUUGAGGGAGAUGGGUUUUGCGCAAGACCAGGCAACUCGAGCGCUACUCACAUUCAACAACAACGUUGAGAUCGCUGUGGGGUGGCUGCUGCGCAACACCGGUGCUCAGGAAGAGGGCCCCUCAAACCAGCAGGCUACAAGCUCACAAGAACCUGACCAGGCCGAACUGCAGGAAGGGGAGGAGCAGGGUGAGGGGCGUUGUGCAGAGGUUGGGGACAGAAGACCACCGGGUGAGGAAGUGAUGGCUGCACACGGGUCACAGCCAUCACUGGGGGAAAGCGGGACAGGGGUAGACGCGGAGCAAGUGCCACAGGAAGGCUCUAUUGCAGACACAUCGCAAACACCAUCAGAAGGAUUCCCUGAUGUUGGCAUACCAGUGGUCUCACCAUCUGGAGAAGAUGUAGCUAUUGGCUUGGACGUUGCUGCACCCCUGGAUGCACCUUCUUUGGGUGCUGUGCUGCCAACACUGGAGACGCCGUAUGUUCCUAUGGACGAUGAUGAUAUGGAGGCCGAUCCACACGAGGAGCCAGUCCCCAACGAUCCUGACACAGGGGGUGGUGGAAGUGUCAGCGGAGCUGGUGGUAUUGACGAAGAUGAUGAUAACGAUGGGGAGGGGGAAGGGGGAGUUGACUUGGACGAUGUGCGAGGGUCAUACGACGAUGAGGAAGAGGAUGUGUUCGUUGGUGGUGGAGAGUUCGAUGACGCGGGUGAGCUUAAUGGACUGGACUUGGACGAUUUGGAGCGCAUUCUGGGCACUGGCAGCAAUGCGGAGCUGCACCCAGCACUGCAGCAGCUGCUGACCAUGGAAGGCCUGGGGCCAGACCAGCUGGACAGGAUCUCUGUCAACGUGCACACGCUGGUCGAGGCUGCCACGUCUUUGGACGAGAUGUUCUCAAGCCCGGCGGCCAUUGAGCGCAUGAGGGACAUGAUCCAGUCCAUCGAGACGCGGCAGGAGGCGCCACAGGGAGCGGAAGAGGAGGCGGCCGUUCAACCGGGUCCCAGCGACGAAAGCCAGGAGGGCGAGUCGUAA